UCUGUCUGUCUGUGUCUUGCCUCUUUAUGUGUUGUUGUGGUUAUCUGUUUGUUUUUUAUGCUGUCUUUUGGUUUGUCCUUUACUCUCUGUGUAUGCAUAUUUUUGGUUUUCGGAAUCACUAAUAAAACGGUAGGCAACUGAUACAAUAUGAUUAUGAAUAUAAUAUAAUAUAUAAUACCAUAAAAUAUAAUACCAUAUAAUAAAAAGGAUAUAAAUGAAUUAUGAAUCUUGCCUAUGUGCAUCUAUUUAAGUAUAAUCAGAGAUGCAUGUGAACUUCAAUUGUACACUUAGUGUACUAUUCUGUAUUUAUAUGUAUGUAUUGAUGUUGGGUAUUUGCAGAUGGCAUUUUAUCAUCCAUGGUGAAGUAGACAGAUAUAGUCAAAUACCUGUGUUUUGUAAAUGCUCUACUAACAACCGUGCGACAACAGUGUUGAAGAUAUUUCUAGAAGCUGUUCGACAGUUUGGGUUGCCAUCAAGGGUAAGGUCAGACAAAGGAAUGAAAAAUGUAGAAAUAUCAAGGUUUAUGUUAGAACACAGAGGACCAGGACGAGGCAGUAUGAUAACAGGACGGAGCGUGCAUAACCAACGGAUUGAGCGUUUCUGGAGAGACCUUUUCCAAGGGUGUACCUUUCUUUUCUACUUUCUAUUCUGGAACUUAGAAGAGUGUUUUCUCCUUGAUGUAACAAAUGGCAAAGAUUUAUUUUGCUUACAGUACGUGUACCUGCACAGAAUAAACCACGCUAUUAAACAAUUUUGUGACGGCUACAAAAAUCAUCGACUUCAAACUGCUAGAAACAGUACACCUAUUCAGGUAUGGAUAACAGGAAUGCUGCAGGGGGCAGAACUUCGAAAUAUGGAAGACCUGGACAUUGGUGCGAUUGACGGUUAUGGCAUUGAUGGCCAUGGACCCAUUCCACUGAACGGUCUAGAUGAUUCUGAUGUUGUUCAAGUACCACUGAUAGAAGACGUCCUCUCUUCUUUGCAAUUGCAGGAUCUGGUCAUGCUGAUAGAUCCAAUGGCUGAUUCUGACUGUCAGGGAGUAGAUAUUUAUGUUAGAGCCCGUGAAUUUGUUUAUGCUGCAAAUGCAUGAAUAUGUAGGUCAUGUGUGACAUGGAGUUGUCAGUCAGUGAAUUGUCCUGUCAUUUAAUUUCUACAUUUCAAUUUUUUAUGUUUCAAUUUUUUAAUUUUUAUUCAUUUUUAUUUAAUUUUUUA